ACGUUGAUGAAUGUCACUUCAUUAAAAAGAAAAGAAAGGUGGCACACAGCUGGGACUGAGCAUGAGGGUCGUUAUAGUUGAUGUCUUGACAAAGCCUUGCGUUUAUUUAUAUUUAUUUAUAUAUAUUAAUCAUUUCUAAAGAAAGUGAUCCCUGCUCCACCGUCAGGGUUCACGCGACUAAAACAAAUGGCCUUAUUCUGAGAUUGAAGUCCAACCUGCACCGGAAGCAUCUCAAUUACAACGUUGUCUCGCGUGUGAAACGAACAAGAACACGCGAGUGAAUCUGAGGCUCCAACACCGUCGAGAGUUUCCUUUUUUUUUUUUCUUCUUCUCCUUUUCUUUUUUCUUUUUUCUUUCCUUUUGUUUCUGCGUGGCCCACUUUCUCGCGCACUGAUCAUUCGGAAAGUGGACGCGCAGGGGCACAUGUCCGCCGCGACCCGCCCGUCCUGAACACGACCGGGACCAGGUCGAGUCUCGAGACUGACACAUCGUCCCAAACUUUUUCUGGCACUUGCUGCCGGCAGACCUCGCGGCGGUGUGCGCAUGUGCGAAGGUGCCCCCAGACUGACAAUGCUGGAGAGAUAGCGCGUUUGGAUUGAGAAAAAACCCCGAGAAAGAAAGAAAAAAAAAAAGAGAGAGGCACCGAGAAAAAAACAGAAAAGGAGGAGAAAAAAAAAAGAUCCAAGACCAAAUCCAAACAAACCCACGCCGAGAGACUGGCAGCAUGAGGUCCAAAGGCAGGGCACGGAAGCUGGCCACGAGUGAUGGGGACGAUGAGUUUGCCCUUUACUCGUCUGACAUCUUAGAAGAUGUGUGUGGCUCUGAUGGUGACCCGAUGCCUUCUUCAGCCCUGGCGGACGACCCAGCGUCCCCUCCGCUCUCUGACGAUGAGGCUUCGCCGCCGAGGGACCUUUUGUCGUUCCCACACCCGGGCAUCUUUGCGUCCCAAGAAGAUUUCACCAUUCCCCUGGACUUUGAGCUCCGGGACUCGGCGGUUGCAGGCGGAGGCCUGGGCAUCUGGAGCCGCAGGAAGGUCAACGUCGGGGAGCGCUUUGGACCAUACGAAGGAGAGCACAGGCCUCGUCUCCGAGACCCCACUCAAGGAUGGGAGAUCUUGGACGGGUCAGGCCAUGUAAAAUUCUGUGUGGAUGCCAGCAAGCCAGAUAUCGGGAGCUGGCUGAAGCACAUCCAGUUUGCCCCUGCGGCCAAGCAGCAUAACCUGACAGCGUGCCAGAUAGAUGAUCAGAUCUUCUACAAAGUCACCAGAGAAAUCUUCCCCGGUGAGGAGCUGCUACUUUUCAUGAAGGCUGAAGAGUUUCCAUGUGACACCAUGGCUCCUGAUAUUCAUGAGGAGAGGCAGUACCGCUGUGAGGACUGUGACCAGCACUUUGAGUCCCGCAACCAGCUGCUGGACCACCAGAAGCAGCCAUGUGGGAUGCCCCCCUCCUCUUUCCUUAACCCAGGGGGGGACAGUGACGUAAAGGCCCAGGAACCUCAAGACUUGCGACCCCUCCACCUGUCCCAUGGCCUACACGAGUGUAAAGAGUGUGACCAGGUCUUUCCUGAUGCCCAGAGCCUGGAGGGCCAUAUUCUGUCCCACUCUGAGGAGAGGGAAUAUAAGUGUGACCAGUGCCCCAAGGCCUUCAACUGGAAAUCAAACCUGAUACGACAUCAGAUGUCGCAUGACAGUGGCAAGCACUAUGAAUGUGAAAACUGCUCAAAGCAGGUGUUCACAGACCCCAGUAACCUGCAGAGGCACAUCCGCUCGCAGCACGUCGGGGCACGGGCCCACGCCUGCUCCGACUGUGGCAAGACGUUCGCUACGUCUUCGGGCCUCAAGCAGCAUAAGCACAUCCACAGCAGUGUCAAGCCCUUCAUGUGUAAGUCACUAAGACCCUACCUAUGUGAGGUAUGCCACAAGUCCUACACCCAGUUCUCUAACCUGUGCCGCCACAAACGCAUGCACGCCGACUGCCGCACACAGAUCAAGUGCAAGGACUGUGGGCAGAUGUUCAGCACCACAUCCUCACUCAACAAGCACCGGCGCUUCUGCGAAGGAAAGAACCAUUUCACUGCAGGGGGAUUGUUUGCCCAGGGCAUGCCACUCCCUGGCGCCCCUGGCUUGGACAAAGCAGCUCUGGCGAUGGGCCACAGCAGUGCGGGAUUGGCUGAUUACUUUGGGGCCAGUCGCCACCACGGAGGGCUUACCUUCCCUGCUGCCCCGGCAUUUCCUUUCAGCUUCCCUGGCCUCUUCCCCUCUGGACUCUACCACCGGCCACCGCUCAUUCCUGCCACCACCUCUCCUGUCAGGCAACCAACCCACGCACCUGUUGCCGGGCCUGGUGCAGAGCUGAGUAAGAGUCCACUGCUGCCUCCGAGCCCUGGCACUCAGGAGUCCCGAGAGCUCCUCAAAGCUCUCCGUAAGGAUGUCGGUUUGCCCGGCAGUCACAUGCCUGCCUCAGAGCUCCACACUCAGGGCUCCUCAUCCUCCACAAAGCAGCGGAACAAGCAGAGUGACCAGUCUGAGAGCAGUGACCUGGACGAUGUCAGCACGCCCAGCGGAAGUGAUCUCGAGAGCACCUCGGGCUCUGAGCUGGAGAGCGACAUGGACAGUGAGAGGGAGAGGGGGGCUGCUCGAGAAAAUGGCAAAGGCCCCAAGAGGAAGGCCAGUGAGGGAGGCCCUCAGAGCCCCAGCCUGACAGGCAGCAGCGCUGCUAAAGACUUUCCAGGCCCUUCCCUCAUUCCAUCCUCGCUGGACGAGCACACGGCUGUAACAGGGGCUGUGAAUGACUCUAUUAAGGCCAUUGCCUCGAUUGCUGAGAAGUACUUUGGCUCCACAGGGCUGGCUGGCCUGCAGGACAAGAAGGUUGGGUCCAUGCCGUAUCCCUCCAUGUUCCCACUGCCUUUCUUCCCAGCUUUCUCUCCUCCAGUUUACCCUUUCCCAGACAGGGACCUCAGACCUCCAGUCCUAAAGGGUGAGCCACAGUCUCCGGCAGAUGACGGCAAGAAGGCCCAGGGCAAAUCUUCGUCUGAGUCACCAUUUGACCUCACCACCAAGCGAAAGGAGGAGAAGUCCGCCCCAUUCACUCCCUCCAAACCAGAGGCCUCGCACUCCGUCGGUCAGGAUCAGCCCCUGGACCUGAGCCUCGGGUCCAGGGGUCGUGGACGGAAUCCAAGAGAGGAGGAGACAAAGAAGAAUCCGGGUUAUGAAGAAGAGAAAGGAGUGGUGGAGAUCCCCAAGGCAGACACCUCCUUACAGCAUGCCAGGCCCACCCCUUUCUUCAUGGACCCAAUCUACAGCAGGGUUGAGAAGAGGAGAAUGAGCGAUCCGUUUGAGACUCUCAAAGACAAGUACAUGCGGCCGGCCCCAGGCUUCCUCUUCCAUCCACAGUUUCGUUUGCCAGAUCAGAGAACUUGGAUGUCGGCCAUCGAGAACAUGGCAGAGAAGCUGGAGACGUUUGGCUCCCUGAAGCCAGAGUCUGGUGACCUGCUGCGCUCCGUCCCCUCCAUGUUCGACUUCAGAGCCCCGCCCUCCGCACUCCCAGAGACGCUGCUGCGCAAGGGCAAGGAGCGCUACACGUGCAGAUACUGUGGGAAAAUAUUCCCACGUUCUGCCAACCUGACCCGCCACCUCAGGACUCAUACAGGAGAGCAACCAUAUAGGUGUAAAUACUGUGACCGCUCCUUCAGCAUCUCCUCCAACCUGCAACGUCACAUUCGCAACAUCCACAACAAGGAGAAGCCCUUCAAGUGCCACUUGUGCGACCGUUGCUUCGGCCAGCAGACCAACCUGGACCGUCACCUCAAGAAGCACGAGAACGGCAACCUGUCAGGCACUGCAAUGUCGUCUCCUCGGUCUGAACUGGACAGUAGCAGUGCCAUACUGGACGAUAAAGAAGACUCCUAUUUCAAUGAAAUAAGAAAUUUUAUCAGCAACACUGGCCAGAACCAGACCUCCCCGGACCCCUCUGAGGAAGGGUUAAACGGCGGCCCAUUCGAAGAAGAGAAGCCACUGAUGGCCAGCCAUGGGUCACGUGACCUGGAAGACGAGGACGUGGAGGAGUUCGGCGCCGACGAAGAAGAAGAAGGGGAGGAGCCGAGCAACGCCUCUGGGAAACCGGAAGGCGAGGCUCUCCCGAGCAACCUCAGCGACGACGUCAUGCAAGACGAGAUGGAUUUCACUGGGCCGAACGACUUGAACCUCAACUGCAAAACUUCUCCUCGGGGGUAUAAAGAGGAGGAAGAGCAGAGCGGCUACUCAGCCUUGGAUCAUAUUCGCCACUUUUCAGAAAUGCGCAAGCUCGAGGACAGUGAACUGAGCGACGGGGACGGAGAUGAGGAGAACGGGUCUUUCGGCUCCCCUACUCUGACUGAGGCCGUCAAACAGCCACUCUUUAGAAAAUCAAAGUCUCAGGCGUACGCCAUGAUGCUGUCUCUGGCUGAAAAGGACUCUCUCCACCCAGCCACCCACAGCCCGGCCACCAUGUGGCACAGUCUGGCUCGGGCUGCCGCUGAGUCCAGCGCCAUCCAGUCCCUCAGCCACGUAUGAUGACGCCCCCUUUUUUGCGCUUUUUCCCUUUCACCUCUCAAACCCCCAAACCUGACCUAUGGCACUGGGAGCCCAUUACAGCGGGGCAAUCAGCAGUGGGGGCCCCUGAUCAUCCACACAGAAUGACUGCUGAGCAGAACCACAGCCCUUCUGACUGCUGAGCGGAGCGGCCUGACACACAAAGCAGGGGUCACUGUCCACGCAGAGCCCCGCCCGAGAAAAACCCUCCAACAGAUAGAGAGCGGAGAAAAAAAAGGGUCCCCUUGAGGACCUUUUCAAAUUGAUUUCUUACUCUAACACCAACCGGGAUGUGGUGAAAAAAAUAAUAAUGCUAAAGUAAUAAUAGCUGUAUUUAUUCUGCUGAAUUUCUAUGUUUUGCACAGCAAAAGGCAGCUGGUGGACAUGGAAGAUGGAUGUGCUGAUGUGUCAUCGCUAGACUCCCAUUCAUUGGCCAGCACAUGCAAAGCAAGGAGAACAUCUCACGGCGAGAGGGCGAGUUCGGUUGCGUCUCUGAGACAGCCGCUCUCAGCCUGCAGUGUGCUUCACUGUGCGCAAAGCAUAAGAACCCCUCCGAUCUGACAAAAGAAAUACGUUUCAAAUGUGUAAGAAGAAUUCCCUUUGACCCCCCCCCCCCCCCCGCCCAGACAUCCAAAGUUGUUUCUCAUAGAUCCAUGUACUUGAUGAUAAAAAAAUACAUUUUAAAAAUCAAGGUUGGGGUUAGCAACCUCCGUUCGGAUAAAAAAACAAAAAAACCCUCUCCAUGUAAGAUCCAUCGCUUUAAUAUCACUGAAGUCAUUGAAGAAGAAAUUGAAAAAAUAGAGAGAGAAAAAAAGAAGUGAAUAUUAAACAGAAAUCAGGCCGGUUUCCCGUCUGCGUUUGUCAUGGCUGCGUGUGUGUGUCUGUACAAUCACCAAACUGUGCACAAGUGUCUACCAACUGUUCUCCACUGCACUCCAUCCUGCCCGCUUGCGCUAUCUGUGAAAAGGAUAUAAAUAGAUUGUCUUUUUUAGUGGAAGAGAAGAAAAACACUUUUGUUUUACUGAGAUAAGUAGCCAGUGCUGAAGUUAAUUGUUGUUCUGUAAAAGGGCAUAUGUCUUCUUUUUUUUUUUUAUAUAAACCCUUGAAUCCAUCCUAGUCGGCCAACAAUACCACUAAAUAGCCUGAAUGCUAGUCGUUAGCUACUCCAUGCUUGUGUCUUUCAUUUUUAGACAAUCAUGAUUUUGUUUUGUUUCUGUUUUUGUUUCCUUUUUUUUUUUUUUGUUGGUGUCGUUGUUGUUAUUUGCUGUUGUAUGUUGAGAAUUGUAUUUAUUUCUUGGCAAACUGUAGUUUGUUUACUGAAUAGCACUGCUCUUGGCCCGGGUGAUGAGGCGAUCUCCUCAGCGGGCUGUCCCAGAGUUCAAAAGGGGUUUGUAGAUUACAUUUGAGUGCCGGAUAGUAUUAAACAUACAAUUCACUCCUUUUUCUUCUAAUGAACUCGGUCGCUGAAUAGAUAUGACUUAGGGUUUUUUUUUCUAUGACAAUAAAAUUGAUUCAGUUGUAAAAAAAUUGAAAAAAUAAAGGAUGAGUAAUAAGAAAAGAAAAAAACAGGUAUAAUUUCUUCAUAAGCGCAUGAUUGGUCUGGUAAGAUCUGUAUCUGACAUUUUCUACGGUUGUGUGCAAGCUUGUGUGAUGUUCGGUUCAUGUUAAUCCCUUGUGCCAAACUUAUGAUAAAUAACAGAUUACUUUCAUUUAUUCUCCCGUUUUUGAGGGACCUUUUUUCUGUUCGUUCGUUCGUUGUUUUUUUUUCUGUCGUCGUUUUGUUUAUAAUCGAUUUUAAAAAGUAAUCAGCAAGUUGAGGUACUUUGUUUUAAUGCUUUCUACAAUGUAACUGUUAUGCAUUUCAAUUCAAUACUGUGGGAGGAACAACUAAGAAAUAAAGGACUACAAUGUGGA